AUAAAUAAUUAUUAUGAGUUUCCCAUGGAAAUUGAUUUAGAAAAAUAUUUAUCAUCUGAAGCAGAAAAAAUAAAACAGCAUAAAUAUUUACUUUAUGGAGUACUUGUUCAUAGUGGUUAUUGUUAUGGAGGUCGAUAUUUUGCUUUAAUAAAACCAAAUAAGAAUGGCAAAUGGCUAAAAUUUGAUGAUGAUAGAGUUUUACCUGUAACAGAUAAAGAGGUACUUGAAAAUAAUUAUGGGGACGGACUCUCGAGUGCAUAUGUAUUAGUAUACAUCCGUGAGUCUGAUAUCGACAAUGUAUUAUCUCCAAUGCCUCCUGAAGAUAUACCGAAAAAUUUGCAAAGUCAUCUCGAUGGGCAGAAAAAGAAAGAAUCGGAUGAAAAAAAAUCUUGGUUGUAUGUCAAGAUUGCAACCCCAAAGACUCUUAAUCUCCACCAAGAUUAUGGUGUUGCUAAUUUUAAUGAUCCGCUAUCUAAAGUUCCACAAUUUAAAGUUUUAAAAACCGAAACAUAUAGAAACUUCAAAGCUAGACAUGUAACCAAACUUGAAAUUUCAACUGAACAAAUAAGAUUUUGGGUAUUUAGGCAACAUGAUAUUACGCCAAUUUCAGAAAAUUGGAUUGAUUUUUCAAUGGAUAGAGUUUACAAUGGAUUUGGUCUGAGACAGAAUGAAAUGAAUUUGUAUUUGGAAAUUGCACACAAGCCAAUUAAUGGCGAGGCAUGGUUCCCGCCAGCCGUGAGAAAUCCUUACGUAAUGAUUUUCGUCAAGUAUUUUGACCCUAAUACACAAUAUUUAGA